UUUCACUAUUUAUUGCUAUACGUUUGAAUGUAAUCCACUACAGUAGUUUAGGUCAUAAAGCUUACAACAGAUUUAUUUUUAAAUAAUUGAAUUAACUACUUAUUGAUUCCAAUUGGAUUCCCAUUACCCACAUGAAUUCUUCAUCUACUAUCUUCAAUGCUUUCAAUUUCACCACAGAAUUAUAGUAACAUGUCGAGUGGCACCAAUGGAUCGUAUGACAAGAAUGGUUUGUCAUCAUCUACAACUGGGGAUGGUGAUUAUGCGAGUGAUCCAGCUUCAGGAGGACUGUCAUCCUUUUUUGUGUCUGAUUAUAAAAAGCAUGAUGAUUUGAAACAAAUGUUAGAUUCUGCGAAAGAUGGACCAAAGUUGGAAGCUAUGAAACGAAUUAUUGGUAUGAUUGCCAAAGGAAGAGAUGCGUCAGAACUGUUUCCAGCUGUUGUUAAAAAUGUAGUCUCUAAGAAUAUUGAAGUAAAAAAACUAGUAUAUGUAUAUUUAGUUCGUUAUGCUGAACAACAACAAGAUUUAGCACUUUUAUCUAUAUCUACAUUCCAAAGAGCAUUAAAGGACCCAAAUCAAUUAAUACGGGCUUCUGCUCUUAGAGUAUUGUCAAGUAUAAGAGUAGUAAUGAUUGUUCCAAUUGUCAUGUUAGCCAUUAAAGAUUCAGCUGCUGAUAUGUCACCAUAUGUUCGUAAAACUGCCGCGCACGCUAUUCCCAAAUUAUACUGUUUGGACCCUGAUCAGAAAGAAGAACUUAUUACAGUAAUAGAAAAAUUAUUAGCUGAUAAAUCAACACUCGUGGUUGGAUCAACAGUUAUGGCGUUUGAAGAGGUUUGUCCCGAAAGAAUUGAUCUUAUACACAAAAUUUAUAGAAAACUUUGCAACCUGUUGGUUGAUAUUGAUGAAUGGGGACAAGUAAUUAUUGUUAACAUGUUAACUAGAUAUGGCCGUACUCAAUUUGUCAAUCCUAAUAAAAAUGAUACAGAUGAAUGUCCAAAAAUCCAAAAUUCUAACUUGGAUAGCUCUGAUUUAUCUAGUUGUGAAGAGGCUGGUAUAGAUGAUAAAUCAACCGUAUUGGAUCAAGACCAUCGUCUUUUGCUUAGAAAUGCUAAGCCUUUGUUUCAAAGCAGAAACGCCUCUGUGGUGAUGAGUGUGGCACAGUUAUAUCAUCAUUUAGCUCCAAAAUCAGAAGUUAAUGUGAUAGCUAAAGCAUUAAUCCGCUUAUUAAGAAGUCACAGAGAAGUUCAAUCAGUUGUACUAAAUUCUAUUGCAUCUAUUUCAAUAGCUAGAAAGAGUAUGUUUGAACCAUUUUUGAAGAGUUUUUUUGUCAGAUCUAAUGAUCCUACACAUAUAAAAUUAUUAAAACUUGACAUCAUGACAAAUUUGGCAAAUGAAACAAGUAUAUCUACAAUACUUAGAGAAGUUCAAACAUACAUAUCCAGCACAGAUAAGCAGUUUGUUGCUGCUGCUAUCCAAGCUAUUGGAAGAUGUGCUUCGAACAUCAAAGAAGUCACAGAGACGUGUCUUAGUGGGCUGGUCUCCAUGUUAUCGAGUCGUGACGAAGCGGUAGUAGCCGAAAGCGUUGUCGUCAUAAAAAAAUUGUUACAAAACCAACCCGAAGCACACUGCGAUAUAAUAAGACACAUGGCUCGAUUGAUGGACUCCAUAGCCGUGCCCCAAGCGAGGGCAUCAAUUUUAUGGUUGCUCGGAGAGUACUCGCAAUUGGUAUCCACCAUAGCGCCCGACGUUCUUAGGAAAGUUGCAAAAACAUACAUCAACGAGGAAGAUAUAGUGAAAUUACAGAUAAUGAAUUUAGCGGUCAAAUUAUUUUUGACGAAUCCCGCGCAGACAACAUUAUUAUGCCAGUACGUGUUGAAACAAGCCAAAUACGAUCAAAACUACGACAUUCGAGAUCGUUCGAGAUUUUUGAACAACAUACUUUUUCCUCCCGAACAAUUCAAGGACAGCAUAUUGAGCAAACAUGCAAAUAACAUAUUUUUAGCUGAAAAACCCGCUCCGUUACUACAGUCCAAUUUCGUGGAUCGGGAAGAAUAUCAAAUGGGCUCAUUAUCACAUUACAUCAAUAGCAGAGCAAUCGGAUACCAAGAUUUACCUCAGUUCCCCGAUUUGCCGACGGAUUCGAGCGUUCGUUGCGUAGCUCUGCCGGAAGAACAAGAGAAGCCUGCUAAACAGAAGACCGAACGGUCGUCCAAUAAUAAGAAGAAAACGUUUUAUUCUGAUUCCGAAAAUAAUUCCGAAGACGACAGUUCAGAAGAAUCGGACGAUUCUGACGACGAUACCACCGACUCGUCGUCGGAUUCUUCUUACGAAAAAAUCGAACCGGAGACGAACAAAAAUCAGGGACGUUUUGUCGAUUCUGAUGUGAAUAGCAGCUCAGACAGCGAAUCCGUUGAGAGCGAUAGUAGCGAUGAACAUCCCGUUGCUGUACAAAAAAAUGUCCCCAAGCCACCAGCCAAGAGCAAUGUAGACUUGUUAUUGGAACUAGAUGACUUUGCCCCAGUCGGACAAACUACGUUGGUACCGUCAUUUGGGGAUAUUCUCUCUCCGUUGAGCAGUAAUCAAUCAUCGUCACUUCCCACUACACAACAACUAACUCAGCAAAAUGUCAGAAAGACGGUACCUCCAAGUUUCGUGCCAUCCGCGAAAACAGAAAUAUUGAACAAAAUUAACGGACAUAAUGAACUGAGUAUACUGGCGCGAUUCACAAGAAGUCCUCACGCAAUGCCGAAAAUGAUCAGCGUGGAAUUGACCCUCACCAAUCAUGAUAAUAAAGAAGCUCUCACCAACAUUCACUGGACUCAAAAGAGUUCCGACUUGAGUAUUUAUAAUUCGGCCCCGAUCAUGCAAUUGUUGCCGGGUUCGGUAACCUUGGGUGCACUCGGAGUCGACUACAAGGAUUCCAUUCAACCUCUCGUUUUGGAAGUCUCCUGGUUCAUCGCCGGUAUGGAACGCAAAAGCGACGUCGUAUUGCGUGUUCCCGCCGGUGAACUCGUUCAGCCGCUAUCCAUGAGCGAGGACGACUUUAUCGGCGAACAAGUAAAACUUAAAGGGAUGAACGAGCACAUGGCACAAGUAACUUUGAAAAAUGUUAAUUUAGAAAUACAAAAAGCCGUAUUUGAAAUAUUCAAUGUUGCACGUGUUAUUACGGAAGAACAAAAUAUAUUCAGGUUCAGUGGUCAGACGUUGUCAUCUAAUUGUCUUGUGUUACUUACUAUUACCAAACAAGAGUCUUUGGCAACGGUAUGUGUUAAUUGUGAGAAAAUGGUCAUUGGUUCGGUUCUUUUAAACGAAAUAAAAGGACUGUUAUCUCAGUGAAUACCAAACUACAAAUGUCGAUUAAUAAAAAAUUACUAUUCCAGUACAAUAGGUAUGUUAUAUUAUAUAUUUUUAAAUAAUUUUAUGCAUAAGAAUGAUCUUGAAUCACAAUAUUUGUUUUUUUUUUUAUAUAUAUUUUCCGAAUUGUAUUUACGAUUUGUAUGUUAUCAAUAUGAAUAUAAAAAUAAGUUCAUAAAAUAAUUAUUAAACAACGAUUAUAUAUAUGUAAACGAAUCUAUACACAUAUAAGACAUAAACUAUUUUUUUUUUAUAUAGUUAUACUAUAAGUGAAUUCAUAUAAUAUAUAUUUUAUUUAAAUUAUUUAAUAUUUUAAAGUGUUAACAUAAAAAAUUGUAUAUAAUAAAAAAAUGCUUAUACAAUUGAAACUUUUUAAAUUGUUUUUGUUUUAACAACAUUCUGAAGAUUUAUUCUUAGUAAUAUAUUAUCAUAACAGCAUGUUGAAAUACCACAAUACUGGUGUAAUAUAUUAUGACUUAACUUUAUA